UAAAUGAGAUUUUAUAGAAAGAAUAUAUUGAAUUAAUUUUUUAAUUAUAUUUUCAAUUUUUAGUUUUAUCCUUUAUAUUUGGUGUCGAUUUAUGAUCGAUUAUUUUCAAAUGAAAAAAUUUAUUUUAAAAUAUCAACUGUGAACUGUUUCCUCUAUGAUCAUAAUUUUAUUUUGUUAUUAUUAUUUGUUUUCUUUAUUUCUUGUUAUCAUUAUUAUCAUGUCAUUACAAGAUGUAUUAUUCGAAAAUUUAUUGGAAAAUAUAACAAUGUUUGAUUCAACAUUUAAUUACGAUUUUAUAAAUAAAAAUAGUUCAACUAUGAUGAUGAUGAAUUCAUCAUUAUUACAUUCAACAUCCAUGAUAUCAAUAAUAAAAAUGGAUAAUCAUACUAAUUCACUAAUAUUAAAAUGGAUUGUACGAAUUAUUGGUGGAUUAUUAAUAGCAAUUGGAAGUAUAGGAAAUACAUUAAGUGCAUUAACACUUUCACGUAAAAAACUUCGUGUUCAAGUAACAAGUAUAUAUUUGAUUGCAUUAGCACUAUCCGAUCUCGGUAAUGUUUUCUUCAGUGUAUUAAAUUUUUAUCUCGUUCGUAUUAGUGAACAAAAUAACAUGCGUUUAUAUAAUAAUAUUGCAUGUAAAUUACAUAUUUUCUUUACCUAUUAUUUUAUUAAUUUAUCUCCAACAUUACUCGUGGCUGUUAGUGUCCAAAGAUAUUUAGCCAUUGCUAAACAUCAUUAUUCUAAACGUCAUUGUACAGUUAAAAAUGCUUACAUAAUUAUAACACUAAUUGUUGCUAUUUCAUUUUGUAUUCAAAUGCAUUGGGGCAUAUUUUAUGAACUGAGACGUGUACCAAAAAUAAAUAAACAAAAUAUUACUUAUAUAAAACCAGUGUGUAAUAUUAGUUUACAAUAUCCCACUUAUCUAUGGUUUCGUUCAAAUAUACUAGGUUAUUUACAAUGGUUUUUCUUUACACUUUGCCCAUUUGUUAUUAUGUUAAUUCUUAAUUCUUUAAUUUUAAAAGUUAUUGCGUCGGCUAAACGUGUUCAACAACGAAUAAAUAAUAAAAAUCAACGAAAAAAAAUAAAACAGCGUAAUAUGACAAUAAUGUUAUUAUCUGUUUCUUGUGUUUUUAUUCUAUUGACAGCACCUGCUUCAACUUUUAUGGCAUUUUCUCAUUUAUUUCAUGCACAUAGUGAAAAAUUUGGCACAUUAUGGAUUAUGUUCUCAUUAAUUUAUUAUACAAAUACAGCAGCUAAUUUUUUACUCUAUUUUUUAACCGCCGAUGUUUUUCGACAAGAAUUAAGAGUCAUGUUUUUCUCAUUACCAUGUUGUAAAAAAUUAUUAAGUAUACGAACAAAUGAGUGUACGACCGGUACGACAAAAAAUUUAGAACAACAGACGGAUGGUGAAGAAUUUUUAAAAAAAAAUGGACCGUUAGUAAAUGAUGAUCAACGUACAGUUAUAAAAACUACAGUUAAUACUCGUUUACUUGUUAUAAAUAAGAAUAGUCGUUUUAAUGAAAAUUCACAACUUUAA